AUGCUUGCACGAGGCCCUAGUUCUGGGGGUGCUAGAGUUGGAGCUGAGCUCGUGUCUGCAGGAGGUUCUGGUCUUCGGGGAGCUAGUGUUGGUCGAGCUGUCCCUGGGGGUGUUACGACUGGGGACGCGGGUACGCCAUCUACAGGACGUGGAGAGCCUGGGGCUGGUCGCAAUACUGCUGGUGGUGCUGAAUCUGGGGGUGCUGGAGUUGGAGCGAGAGGAGCGAGAGUUGCAGCGGCAGCAGCUGGAGCUACAGCAGCUGGAGGAGCAGCAGCAGCUGCAGGCGCAGCACCCACAGCUGCAGGAGUAGUUGGAGCAGCAGCAGCCACAGCUGGAGGAGCCGCAGCCACCGCAGCAGGAGCAGCAGUAGCAGCUGCCGCAGCAGUAGCAGCUGCCGCAGCAGGAGCAGCAGCAGCAGCCGCCAUUGCAAGAGCAGCAGCAAUAGCUGCCGCAGCAGGAGCAGCAUGA